AUGGAAACUACAUGUCGCUGCUGGAUCUCCUUAUUUUAUUACGGGAAAAAUCUUCUGUGUAUCAGCUUUGUGCGGGAGUACUUCUCUUCUCGUCUUGCUCGGGGUGGUUAUUUCUUCCAGCGGCUGAACUCCUCCCUGCAUUCUGACAACAUUCACCAAAGGAAAAGGUCCCGCCGUCCACCAUCGUUGUUCCGCCAUAACCACCGUCUUGGGCCCGGGUUCCAUUCCGUCAACGUUCCAUUCCGUCGACGUCUGUCCAACGAUUCCUCACCGAUAACUGCCUUCACCACUAGGUCUCCUCAAUCGACCGCCGUUCAUCCAUUCCCUGGUUUCACCCACAUCGAUUCCCAGUUCUCUUCGAGGGCGCCCUUGAAAUUGCAGGGAUUUCUGGAUUGGUUUGUUGGGUGCGAGGACCUCUCUGCUCUGCCAAUCAGUUAUAGGUGA